AUGCCAAACAUAAAUGUUGAACUUGGCCCGAAACAAAAGUUAAUUCCUCCUAGAAUAGCAACCGACAUUCUCUCGCUGGAAUGUAGUAGCCUGAAUAUUGAUGUGCCAACGAAAUCGUUUUUUCUGCAGGGAUUCGCUCAAAUUUCACGGGUCUCGCCAUGGUUGAUUGUGGAGGAACCAUUUACUAUCUUCACCAGAGAUGAACCGACCAAAAGAUUCUUCAAAUGGAUGAUAUCUGUCACCAAGUUCAUAGGGAAAAAGUCUAUUCGUGGUCUUUUAUUAUCUACAGGUUCAGUAACGAACUCACCUGUCUUAAUGGUUUACCUUGAGAAACAGGCAGAACGAGUGAUUGUAAGGGGCAUACACGUACAAGCAGAUAACAAAUUCAUUCAGACAGUUCAAGACUUCUCCAGGUAUCACUCGGAUGAACAUAGAGGAAAAAUUGUAUUUGCAGAUACUAUAGUCAAAGCACCAUCCACUACAGCUGAUGAUCCUUUGGAAAGAAUGCUGAAGAAGAAAACAGACCCAGUAACCCCCAAGCCUAUCAUGCCAGCCACUAGCCCUUCGAAAGACCCUGUUACUUUCAAUAGCAAUAUUCGUAAGCUGAUCGAAAAAGUAAUUCUUAGUGAAUUCAGGCUAAGGCAAAUUUUCAAAUCUACACUGACAGCUACCGAGUAUAAAAGCCUUUAUACUCAUACCCACAGAGCCACUGUUUUUUCUUUCAGGAAUUACAUAAAAGACUUGAAAACUCCUUCUUUGGAAAAAAUUCAGUCGGUAGUUAGUGACCUAUUGAACAUUUUCACAGAAGAGCCACGAUAA